CGUAUACUUAUACGAUGUAUUGGAAGUGAAUGGGUGACUCCUGGGAAGGAGAUAUAGGUUAAACCAAGCUGCUAGGUGUCGCAAUACGACCAACUGUAGUAAAUAAUAUAAUGAAGGGACGGAAGAGACCGAAGUCUUGUUAAUGAGUCAUACACUCAACUAUAUGAAGUUCGAGGAGCAGCCCUAUCACCCUGAUUAUAAACAACAACCGUCCGCAAGUCCGCUCUUAUUAUAUCACAAGAGCGGAUUAUCGGACUUCAGUUAGCUACUCGCCCAUGAUACUAAGUGAUUGGUCAUUACUCCUUACCAAGAUGGAGCUUAGAGCUCAGUUUGCUUGUGUUACUUGUCGGCGACUGAAACGGAAAUGCCCUAAAGAACUGCCGUCUUGCUCAUUGUGCCUUAGACUCGAAAAGCAAUGCGAGUAUCCGCCACGAGUCCGGAACUUAUACGAGAACACGGCUAUCAAUUCAUCAACUAGCUCUCAAGACACGAAUAAAGGAGCAGAUCAUCAAACAUUGAUUAACACACCAACAGAGCCAGGUUUUAGCCCUGAACAAGAUGCUGUCUUAGGACAUAAAGACAUACAUACCUUUCCGGCUAUAUUCUUCCUGGAUGCUGAGGUUUGCACCAAGCCUUUAGCAUCGGAGCCUUGCCAAGUAAGAGGUUUCAUAACUCCCCAUUGCAGUCUUUCACAAGAGGCAGAUGCAAUCUGUGAGAAGUACUUCUCUACUGUCCACCAGUGGUUGCCAAUAUUAAGUAAGAAGUGUGCCCGACGACAUAUUGCCGAGAACGAAUUAGUACCUGAUUGCCCCUCCCAACUGUUGUUUCUUUGCAUGAAGUUGGUAUCGGGGCCAUUGCCGGCAGAGGUAUCUGCUAGAGCGAAUAUACCUUACAGAAGGGCCUUAGAGACUUUGCUUAAAGUCGAAAAUUCAUGUCUUCCCUCUCUUCAGCUCCUCCAAUCUGUCAUCCUGCUAUCCGCCUAUGAACUUGGCCAUGCGAUAUAUCCGGCAGCUUACUUGCGUGUUGGACAUGCUGCUCGGCUUUGUGUUAUGAUGGGAUUUCAUGAUCGGAAGAACGCUAGCCAGCUGUUCAAAGAUGCAGUUACAUGGACAUCGCGAGAGGAAGAACGCAGGACGUGGUGGGCGGUCUUUUGCCUCGACAGAAUCACUAACCAGGGCAUUAGCGGAUUACCUUUCUCAGCGCCCGAACCAAGUCCAGGAGAGUUAUUACCGUGUCCAGAGGGUCCGUGGAUUGAAGGCGAAGUUGGGUUUAACGAACCCAUUUUUGCAACUUCGUUCUCAAACAAUACGAGCUUAGGAUCAUUCGCCAAUGUGUGCCAGGCAGCGCAUGUUCUCGGUCGUGUAUUGCGCCACCGCGACGAACCCCAUAGUAGCCGUAUAUCCCUUGGUUUUCGGGUAUCAGAAGCAAGACAGCUUCAUCAUAUUCUCACGUCCUUAUCAUCCCAUCUAAGUGACAUUUCCCAGGAGUCACUUUUGUUCGACAACUCUACGGUGGUGCCCCUGGCUUUAUGUUUCUCUGCGCGCCUCAUUCUAUAUGAUAUAUACGCGUGCAACGAGACGUAUUCGACGGAUUAUGGUAGAUCUUCUGAAGAAGCGGAGUUACAGAAAGAGUCUAUGGCAGGCAUCUUUGAUGUUACUAGGGGUAUUUGGCAACUUGCGUGCCAACUACUUGACUCUAUCAAUCAGACCGGAGGAGGUGGACUUAAGAACCUCGGUCCGUUUUUAUGUCACUGCUUAUACGCAGGAGCAAGUGAAAGCGAGUGGCUCAUCCUUGAACAUGAAGAUUCGACUGCGGGCAUAUGGCUGAAGGACAUUGUUAUGCUUCUUCGGGUUAUUGGCAAACGAUGGCAAGUCGCAGAUGUCUACUUAUCGCAAAUCUACAAAUGGCCUGGAUACAAUAGUUUGGGUAUGUUAUAAAUGAUCACACGAUACCGACCGAAGUACUGUAGAUUAUGUUGAAAGUAAUGAUCUUGAGAGAAUAUA